AUUCCAUACCAAUCAAACUCCUAAUUCUAAAGUUUCAAAAGUGAAAGCAAUGAGUUCAGAAAUCAUCCCAAUAUUCUUCAUAAUAUUUUCACUAUUUCAGCUCUCAUUAGUUCUAUGCAAUGAUAACAGUGACAAAGUUUGUCUUGCAAAUAAUAAGGAUUUUGAUUUCUUCUACUUUGUUCAACAGUGGCCAGGGUCUUACUGCAACACAAAACAUAGUAGAUGUUGUUACCCAUCAACAGGAAAACCUGCACCAGAUUUUGGUAUCCAUGGACUUUGGCCAAACUAUAAAACAGGGACAUAUCCCUCCAACUGUGAUCCACACCGCCCUUUACGCCCAUCAGAGAUAUCUGAAGACUUGAAGAGUAGAAUGGAAAGGGAAUGGCCAACACUGGCUUGUCCUAGUAGUGACGGUACACACUUUUGGGCACAUGAGUGGAACAAGCAUGGAACAUGCUCAGGGUCCAAUUUCGAUGAGCUAAAAUACUUCGAAACCGCUCUUAACUUGAAAAAACAAUUUAAUCUACUGCAAAUCCUCGAAAAUGCUGGAAUCAAGCCAAAUGGGAAACUGUACAGCUUGAACAGCAUAAAAGAAGCAAUAAAAGAAGCAACCGGAUUCAGUCCAGGUAUACAAUGUAAUAUGGACGGGUCAUCAUCGCAACACCAGCUUUACCAGGUUUACAUGUGUGUGGAUAGUAAUACAGGCUCACACUUCAUCGAAUGUCCUCUGCUACCAAACGGGAGUUGUUCUUCCAAAAUUGAAUUUCCCUCUUUUUAAUUUUAUUCGAAUUUGAAUAACCAUAUUGACUAAAUUCAAGAUUGUUUUUCAUAAUCCAAUUGUGAAAUCUGUUUAUGUUUUUAUCUUACUUCUCAAAGUUGGUGUUCUGCUUCUUGUACUUUGGGUAUGACUCAGUGCCAUAACUCACGCACUUUGGAUUGUUAUUAUUGUUGUUAAGUGAAUCUGUUUACACAACGAUGAUUGUUUCUGAAAAA